AUGCCGCCUGCUUUGAGCGACGAGGAGAUCAGCCAAUCCUCUGGCGACGAAGAGAUUCCCGCGAAGGAGGUGAAGAAGUCGAAGCCGGCACCUGUUGAAGAGGAAGAGGAGGAAAGUAACGAGGAAGAAGAAUAUGUCGUAGAAGGGAUUGUGGCCCAUAAAACAGUCAAAGGCAAAGUACUCUACCACGUGAAAUGGCAAGGAUACGACGAUCCCGCGGACAUGACAUGGGAAGGCGAAGACAACCUCGAGGGCGUGGAAGCGCUCGACGAAUACCACACGUUGAUCGGGGGCAGACCAGUGCCUGGCAAGAAGCGCAAAGGGAGAAAGUCCGGCGUCGAGACUGAGAGCAGCACACCCGUAGCGGCGAAGCGAAUGAAGAAGGAGAAGGAAUGGGCCCCGCCACCAGGCUCGUGGGAGGACGAGGUGGAUCACGUUGACACCGUGGAACAGCGGGUGAACCCCAAGACCGGAGAGAACGAGAAAUUCGGCUAUCUAGUCUGGAGCAACCAGAUCAAGACGCAGCAUCCGCUCCCACUCAUCUUCAAGAAAUGCCCACAGCGAAUGCUUACCUAUUUCGAACAGCACCUUGUCUUUAACCAGGCAGAUACGGAGGAGACGAACGGCAACGCCAGCAUGACGGGCAUCGACGACGACGACUUAUGA